CUUUUAUUGUAGUAGUUGUUUAUAUGUAACGUACAAUAUGGUACUGGAGAGCGAUAUUUUGGACACCCUAGAGGCACUGGGAUACAAGGGCCCGCUACUGGAGGAAGAAGCUUUGCUGAAAGCAGCAGAAAGUGGAGCAUCAUCUACAGCCUUCACUGAACUUUGUGUGUGGCUAGCUGCACAGCUCAAACAACUGGGCAAGCUGGAAGAGGGCAUUGUUUCAACAGCUGGUGCUGAUGAUGUGGAAGGCUUUCAGUUGGAAGUUAGUGGCUUUCUGAAGGAGCUGGCCUGCCCAUAUUCAUCACUUAUUUCAGGAGAAGUUAAAGAGAGACUGAAGACAAAGGAAGAUUGUUUGAAACUACUAUUAUUUUUAAGUACAGAGCUUCAAGCCAUGCAAAUUGUACAGAGCAAACCAUCUCCACCUGUGUCCAAUGAAAUGCACCAAGAAAUUGAAGCAAUGUGUAAGACACUGGACCUGCCUAAACCUUCUGCAUCCACUAUUUCUCAGUCAUUCAGCAGUAUUGAAAGCAAGAUAAAGGAACUGCAGUCAAAAAUUCCUAAGGGGUACCUUGGAAAUCCAUUGUUAAAGUCUACCCUGACUUCAGAACAGUGGGAAAAGUUGAAAAAUAUUAAUGCAGCUCUGUGCCGCGAAUAUGACUGUCGGCAAAGAAUGUUACUGAAAAGAUUGGAUGUCACGGUGCAGUCAUUUGACUGGUCUGAGAGGGCAAAGAGUAAAACAGAUGUUAUCGCAAAAGCCUAUCAAGCUAAACGAUAUGCAUUGUCUUCAAUGUCUUCAAUAACACUAGCCCAUCUCCUUGCCGCCAGGGAAGAUUUGUCCAAGAUUAUAAAGACUAGCAGUGGAGUCAACCGAGAAAAGACUGCCUGCCCAAUCAAUAAGGUUCUGAUGGGAAAAGUACCAGACCGAGGAGGAAGACCUACAGAGAUUGAACCUCCGGGUCCAGAAAUGCCCCCAUGGAUGAAGAGGCAGGAUGGGGGAGGACGAGGAGGUGGCGGAGGAAGAGGAGGAGGAUGGGGAGGAGGUGGUGGGUUCAGGGGAAGGGGAAAUCAAAGAGGAGGAUUUGGAGGAGGGGGAGGAUUCAGGAGAUAUUAAUAAAAUUGUGUUUAUUAUUCUGUAGCAAUCAGAUUUGAGUUACAAACUGUAAUAGUAGAGGGCAGGCACUUUUUUCCUGCUGUAAUUCUAUUUUGCGUAUGAAGUGUAUUGUGAAGAACUCAUUAUACUGAAGGAAUACAAGAAUGCAGUUUUUAAAUAAUAUGCAACUUAUUUUUGUUGGUUCAAAUUGAUUUAAUUGGAACAUAGAUUUGAUCUCCCCGUUGUACAUAAAUUCCACUCCGAGCUUGUUAAAAGUGGCAAGAGAAAUGCCUGCAACACUGACAUUGAAGCUUUCAGCUUUAGAUGCUGUCCUCCUUCAUUCACCUGACUUUGAUAACAUCCACUGCCAUUAAUGUGUUUUCCUUUAGUAGUAUGAUGUUCACUUUAAUAUGUCUGUGGAGGGAGGAGUGUCUUACAAAACUACUUUUAUAAAAGUCAGUAUACAAAGAGCUGAGCAAUAUAGAAAGCAGGUUGAACACAAAUUCAGGUUUAUCACAGUGCUUGUCACAUCGGAAGCAGACCUUCAUGUAAUUUUGGACUGAAUAACCAGAAAGAAUCUAUUUCCUGAUCAAUUGAGUAGAUCACCAGCAAGUCAUGGAGGUGAUUUGUAUUAUUUAAAGACUGUUGUGUUACUUAUUUGUAUAAUUUUCUCUGGUGUAUGUUUUUGCAAACAUCAAGAACAAGUAGAAAUGAAUUUAAAAUUGUAUAAAUUCUGUAUGACAUUUGUUUUAUCAGAAUUCCUCCUGAAUUAUAAAGAAUCUUCAAAGGAGGUUAUAUUUUGGUAUUUUUAGUAUCCAGUGGUGUUCAUGAGGUAGACAGGUAUGAAAUCUUUUGUGACGCAUUCCAUUUUUUGGACUAGUUUUAUGCAUUUCAUCAAAUUUGUUAAUUUUCUAGUACAGUGCAUGUAAUACUUAAUGUACAGCCUAGCCUAGAUGCAAAAGAAUGUUUACUUUUAAAGACAUUUGCAUAAAUUAUGUUCUUAAACUUA